CUGAAAAAUACGAGAGCAAGUUUGAUAGAACCCCUCCAAAAUUGCGUUGCCUCUGAGCUCAUCUAAUGCAGACGGACCAUGAGGCGGAUACAAACACAGUCUACAGCUCCCUCUGUUGUUGGUUACAGGAUGUCCAUUCUUAUUCCAAAAGGAAAGAAAAGACCCUCCCGCGAGGAGUGACGGAGGGGACGAGCGUUUAGUGUAGGGCUACUACUGAUCUGGGAUGGGCCUUUGUCAAACUUUCAAAAGACCACAAACCGUAGUAGACGCACAGUCUUUCGACUUUUCCAUUUAGACCGUUUGUCAAUCUACACUCAGGAUUUUAACAAAGACGUAGGUUAUCUUGUGUGUGGUGUUAAAUGAGAAGUUUUUUUGCGAUAGUUUUUCUGCGACGAAGAAGAAGAAUCGGGGCAUUCUCGUGUUUUCCUCGAUGGGCAGGAUAAGUUAUUUUCAUCCUCUCGCCACUUAAAGGAGUCCUCCGUUGUUUUCAACGCACACAUACGUGUUACGGUGACUGCGGACUACAGUGGAAUAAUGGGUUAAUCUUUGUUGUGUCGUGAUACAUUUUUCAGCAGUUUUUUUUAAUAGUUUACACUGUUACAUUUUUAAACAAGUCGUCUCCAGUCUCUACUCGACUUUCCUCGAACGUCGUAUCGACUGGGAAUGCAGCAACUCAAACUUUUUCGGGAAGGCAAACAACAACAAGAAAGUUAGCGCCCACCUAAUCUCUUCGCCCAUCCUCAGCAAGUGACUCUCUUCAGCAGACAUGUCCAGCGUGAUGCGGAGCUUAAGUCGAUGUUUCCUCCCGGCAGAGGCGGUUGGGGAGCGGGGAAACGGCAAGGGGAAGAGCGGGGACAAGGACGUGCUGCUGGAGCGUGAAGCACGGCGUCGGAGCCGGGAGAUAGACGCGAUGCUGGAGCGAGAGAGGCGAUCCACCAAACGGCUGGUGAAGAUCCUGUUACUCGGGGCGGGGGAGAGUGGCAAGUCAACCUUUCUAAAACAGAUGCGGAUCAUCAAUGGACAUGGGUUUGCCGGCAGAACCUUGGUGGAUUUUCGAGAUACAAUUUAUGACAACAUACUUAAGGGCAUGCGUGUGCUGGUGGACGCCCGGGACAAGCUGGGCAUCCCGUGGCAGAGCUCCGAGAACAAGAAGCACGGCAUGUUCGUGAUGUCCUUCGAGGGCCGGGCGGGGGUGCGGGUGGAGCCGGGCACGUUCCAGCUCUACGUGGACGCCCUCGAAUCGCUCUGGAGCGACGCCGGGAUACAGGAGGCCUACGGACGCAGGAGCGAGUUCCAGCUGAGUGAAUCAGUGAAGUAUUUCCUGGACAACUUGGACCGCAUUGGCCAACAGAACUAUCUGCCUAAUCGUCAGGACAUACUCCUGGCCCGUUCGGCCACCAAGGGCAUCGUGGAGCACCACUUCAUGUACCGCCGCAUCCCCUUCAAGAUGGUGGACGUGGGAGGCCAGCGAUCUCAGAGGCAGAAGUGGUUCCAGUGCUUUGACAACGUCACCUCCAUCCUCUUCAUGGUCUCCUCCAGCGAGUUCGACCAGGUUCUUCUGGAGGACCGGCGCACCAACCGUCUGUCCGAGUCCAUGGACAUCUUCGAGACCAUCGUCAACAACAAGCUCUUCACCAGCGUCUCCAUCAUCCUCUUCCUCAACAAGACCGACCUGCUGGUCGAGAAGCUCCGGGCCGGCGCCGACAUCCGCCGGAACUUUCCAGAGUUCCACGGCGACCGGCAGUGCCUGGAAGACGUGCAGAGUUUCCUGGUGAGGUCGUUUGGUAGGCGUCGCCGCGGUGACCGGCGCUCGCGCCCACUCUUCCACCACUUCACCACGGCCAUCGACACGGAGAACGUGCGCUUCGUGUUCCGCGCCGUGCGCGACACCAUCCUGCAGGAGAACCUCAAGGACAUCAUGUUGCAGUGAGGUUUACAAAUGCCUGUGUGGAAAAAGACUACAAAUACCAGCGUGCAUGAGUGUGCUGCAAGAAUGGAAAUCACUACAUGCUAAAUUCCAUGGCAUUUAAACAAGACAUUCUGGGGUGCUCCUGGCAUCAAUGUGGAGAAACACUACAAAUCCCAGCAUGACAGUGUCUGGGGAAAGGACUACAGCACAGCGCCACACUGCUCCAAUGCAGACUACAAAUACCAUUGUGCCUCAGUAUGAAAAAGGAUUUGCUACUUGGAUAUAAGACCAGCAACACACUAUAGUAGAAGAUGGCUGUACAUAACCCAGUGUGUUUUAUGGCUUUAAAAGACUACAGACAGUAGAUUGCUUUCUGCCAUGAGAAGAAACUGUAAAUAUUGCUACAUUACAGAUGGGUCGUAAUCACUCGCAGACACUGAAGGGUGUCAGGUCUGGAGUUAGGAUUAAGCCAAACAUUGAUUUAUUAUUACUGUGAAGAUGAUGUAGUAUAGAGAGACCUGUCCAGUCAACGCUGCCGGAGGACUCUGGCUGAAAGAGCACUUAGUGAGCCUCACACAGCUGUUUGAACCUGAUGGGCUGAUAUACUGCACACACACACACACACACACACA